AAUGGCUUCCACCAUCGCUCCCAUCACCGGCAUGCUCCGCCGCAACCUGGUCCUUGACCUGAGCACCGCUUUCGGUUUCGGUACCUCCUUCGGCUACCUCUGGUGGUACGGCUACCACCUUCCCCGCGUCCGCGCCCGUGACAACUACUACACCCGCCUUGAGCAGGAGCGCGCCGCCGGCCAGGCCUAAACGCACCCUGUAACCGUCAACUCCCUCGAUUAGCCAGCCGACAACGAAUCCCCGCGCCUCUUUCCAUCUCCGUGACUACCAUUCUUUCCCCCUGCCAACCCACAAAGGAAGCGCCCG